CACUACAAACGUAGUUUUGGAGCGAGCGUCGCCGGAGACAUUUUUAUCAAAAGUCAAAAACUUGAAUUUUGUAUAUAAGAUUUUUGAAGAACACUAUGGCGUCAAUUGAAUUAUUAACGCCACAUUUGUCCAAAAUUAAAAUACCAGCUGAACGGCAAAUGGUUUACAAAGAUGAAUGCGUGUAUUCAUUUGACAAUCCGGAAUCCGAAACGGGAUUGUACGUGUCAUUGACCUCAUUUCUGGGCUUUGGGCGAAACUAUGUUGAGCAGUACUUUCAGAAGACCGGCAAUGCAGUCUUCCUUCACAUACAAAGAGAGAAGAAACCUGUGCCGGAACCCGAGAAGACAGGCGAUGGCCCGGAGAAGAAGAUCACGAGACUCGCGAUCGGCGUGGAGGGCGGCUUCGACCCGGACUACGGCAAGACCAAGUACACGUACACCGACCACUACAGCGUCGUCGUGCUGCCAGGCUUCCACACCUUCCCCUGGCCAGACACUGCGCUUCCUGAAGUGGUGAGGAAGGCGGCGCAGGGCGUGAUAGACGCGGAGUCUCCUUUCAAGAUGGCGGAAAUGGCAGCCAUGCAAGGCACCUGGGACGGGGAGGCACGCGAGGUGUCCGUCCACGCAGUAAACCUGAAGCAGCUGGAUAACGGCAUCAAGGUCCCGCCAUCGGGUUGGAAGUGUGCCAAGUGUGAUCUGAACACCAACCUGUGGCUGAACCUCACUGACGGCUCCAUACUCUGUGGACGGCGGUUCUUUGAUGGCUCUGGCGGGAACGAUCACGCGGUGGAACACUACCGCGAAACUGGCUACCCGCUGGCGGUGAAGCUGGGCACCAUCACGGCAGACGGCAAGGGAGACGUGUUCUCUUACGCUGAGGACGACAUGGUCAUCGACCCCUUCCUCGCCGACCAUCUCAAGCACUUCGGCAUUAAUGUGCAGCAGUUGCAAAAGACGGACAAAUCGAUGGUGGAACUAGAAUUGGAGCUGAACCAGCGUACAGGAGAGUGGAACACGCUGCAAGAAUCCAGCUCGGAGCUGCGGCCGCUGCACGGGCCCGCGCUCACUGGACUCAACAACCUCGGCAACUCGUGCUACAUCAACAGUGUGCUCCAGGUGAUAUUUCGUAUGCCUGACUUUGUCCGGAGAUUCGUGGAAGGUGCUCCCGACAUCUUCUCCACGUUCCCCGAGGAUCCUGUCAACGAUUUCAAUGUACAAACGGCGAAGCUUGGCGUGGGCCUGCUGUCGGGGCGCUACUCGUCGCCCGCGUCGGAGGAGGGCUGGCAGCGCGGCGUGUCCCCGCACAUGUACCGCCACCUGGUGGGCCGCGACCACCCCGAGUUCAUGACCAAGCGGCAGCAGGACGCGCACGAGUUCUACCUGCACCUGCUCAACUUGCUAGAGCGCCACAGCCGCCACAAGCCCAACCCGGCGGACUGCCUGAAGUUCGCGGUGGAGGAGCGCGUGGCGUGCGGGGCGUCGGGCCGCGUGCGCUACACGGCCCGCGCCGAGCACCACCUGCCGCUGCCCGUGCCGCUGGCCGCCGCCACCAACGGCGCCGCCCUCGCCGACUACGAGCGGCGCCGCGCCGCCGCCGACGCCAGCGGGCAGCGCCUGGACCCGUCAUCGACGGUGCGGCCACUGAUCCCCUUCAAGGCGUGCCUGGACAGCUUCAUGAAGGAGGAGGUUGUCGAGCAGUUCUUCAGCAGCGCGGUCAACAAGAAAGUUACCGCACACAAAAUGACCCGGCUCGCCACGUUUCCGGACUACCUGCUGAUCCAACUCAAGAAGUUCACCAUCAAGGAGGACUGGACGCCCGCCAAGUUGGAUGUCGCCGUCGAGAUGCCCUGGGAGAUGGACCUGUCGUGCCUGCGCGGCCGCGGGCCGCAGCCGGACGAGCAGCCGCUGCCAGACAGCGCGCCCGAGACCCCCGCGCCCGUGUUCGACGAGAACCUGCUCGCGCAACUUCUAGACAUGGGUUUCCCCCUCGAGGCGUGUAAGAAGGCGCUUUACUACACCAACAACUCUGGCAUGGAGGCUGCCUCCAACUGGCUUAUGGAACACAUGACGGACUGGGACUUCGCCAACAAGUUCGAACACCCCGCGAAUAACAGUGGCGCCAGCGGCGGCGCUGUGGCGGACGAGGCGAGCGUGGAGCAGAUAAUGAGCAUGGGAUUCACGCGCGCGCAGGCCGGCAAGGCGCUGGCGGCCACGGGCGGAGACGUGGGCCGCGCCGUCGACUGGAUCUUCAGCCACGCCGGCGAGCUGGACGCGCCCGACCAGGCGCCCGCCGCGCCCGACCGCACGCUCGGCUGCAGGGACGGGCCCGAGAAGUACAAGUUGGUGGCGUUCAUAUCUCACAUGGGCACGUCGUCGAUGGUGGGCCACUACGUGUGCCACGUGCUGCACGAGGGCCGCUGGGUCAUCUUCAACGACAACAAGGUGGCGCUCUCAGAAAACCCUCCCAAAGAUCUCGGCUACUUGUAUUUAUAUGAAAGGCUGUGAUGACACCGCUAGUGAUUCGAACCAAAAAUCAAUGGCUCCGUUAUACGGAUCGCAGAAUUUAAUGUACUAGACUGCAUUAUGUAAUAUGACACAGAAAUAAGAGAUUUUAAAUAACUACUUUUUAGGCGAUAUUUAUUUUAUAGAAACAAAUUUUUAAUAAAUUUCAACUAGGUUAACUAAAUUGUAUUUUUAUGUCUUAUAAAGUAGUUAUUUUGCAUAAGAAUGCAUUUCUUUUUUGCAAUUUAUUUUUACAUUUUUAACAAGAGUGCAAUUGUUUAUUGUAACAUGCUGUUUUGUAUUAUAACUUUUUCGUAAUUGUAUGUAAUCAUAUUAUGUUGUUGUUAUUGCUACUAGAUUUGCUCUCGGAAUUAUGACUCAUACAGUUACUGCCUACCCUUAAGGAGGUGAUGCUCCUAUUUCCUAGCGUCAGUACAGUGGUGGUCGCCGCAGUAUGAAGCAGCAACAGACAACGAAAUUGAAAAUACAUUAUUAAAAUGCUCUCUUA